AUGUCGUUCACGGAUUUUUGGGUGCAUCAACUAAUCGCAACAAAUCCGGCUGCCACCAACACCACCACCACCACCGCCACCACCACACCAUCACCAGCACCGUCAUGCUCGAGUGCAUCAUCCGAGGAUACGUUACGUAAAACUCCGGAUACAUCCACAUUACUAAAACCUGAAGCAAUGAAACCACCAAUGUUCAACGCUUUUCAAACGUUUCAAAUGCAAAUGAUGUGGCAACCGCAUUUGAUUCAAAAUCUUCUUGCUAUGAUUCAGUUUGAACAGGAACAACAACGGAAACUACAACGAAUGGAUGUUUCUAUGGAAACUCUGAUAAGGCCACGAAAAAGACCACCUUCUGCUUUGGAAGUGAAGAAGGCGAAACAUAAGAAGCUGGGGGAGGAUACCGUAAAUGCGUCACCUGUCAGUGGAAUGUUUAUUAAGGACGAAUCCUCCGUACCCUCCCCGGAAGAACUGCAGAAGGAUGCAAAUUCAUUGGAUGAAACCGCCGCCUACGUGGAAAUAUCCGAAGAAAGUCGGAAAAAAAUCGAAGCAAUCGAGAACGUAAUUGGCGACUCUGUUUGCUGUUUGUGCAAGGUCCGCUACGAUGAUGUGUUCAAACUUGCUCAACAUCGUUGUCCUCGAAUUGCGCAUGAAGAAUAUCGUUGUCCAGAAUGCGAUAAGGUAUUCUCGUGUCCAGCUAACCUUGCGUCACAUCGCCGUUGGCAUCGUCCAAGAGAUCAAAUGGAAACAAUUCGAUGCUCGUCAUGCACAAUGAUGUUCAACACCAGGAAAGAGUUCAGAACUCAUAGUUGUCAUGACACUGCACUUCCUCCCACCACGAUGCCAUUAGGGAAUUUCUUCACAAAACUCUUACCAAGUCCGCUGAAAUUAAAAAUGCAAUAA